AUGCGACGCAGCUGCUUCCUCCACCUUGGCCCUCGCUGGAAUUCUAGAAGCCCACUGAAAGGUCUGCAACACCGCUUCCCAUUGUCACGCAACUACAUCCGCACCAUGGCCUCCACAGCAGGCCAGCAGCCUGAGUGGACGGCGCAGAAGGUCCGGUCGACGUUCAUCGACUACUUCAAGCAAAAUGGCCACACUUUCGUCCCUAGUGGCAGUGUUGUCCCAUUGUCGGAUCCCACGCUACUCUUCACAAACGCUGGCAUGAACCAGUACAAGUCCAUCUUCCUCGGAACAGUGGAUCCCAACUCGGACUUCGCAAAGCUCAAGCGUGCUACGAACACACAGAAAUGUAUUCGUGCAGGUGGCAAGCACAACGAUUUGGACGAUGUCGGCAAGGACUCUUACCACCACACAUUCUUCGAGAUGAUGGGCAACUGGUCCUUCGGAGACUACUUCAAGAAGGAGGCCAUCGGCUUUUCGUGGGAACUACUAACCAAAGUCUAUGGCCUCGACCCGGACCGUCUGUAUGUCACCUACUUCGAAGGCAAGGCGGAUGUCGGACUCGAGCCUGACAACGAGGCCCGAGACUUCUGGAAGUCGGUCGGUGUUGCCGAUGACCACAUACUCACUGGCGACAUGAAAGACAACUUCUGGGAGAUGGGCGACCAGGGGCCAUGUGGUCCGUGCUCCGAGAUCCACUACGAUCGCAUUGGAGGUAGGAACGCUGCGCAUCUGGUCAAUCAGGACGAUCCGAAUGUACUCGAGAUCUGGAACAACGUCUUCAUUCAGUACAACCGCGAGCCAGAUCGGUCACUCAAGUCACUGCCUGCCAAGCAUGUUGACACCGGUAUGGGAUACGAGCGUCUGGUGUCUGUUCUGCAGAACAAGAUGUCCAACUACGACACCGAUGUCUUCACUCCGCUGUUUGCACGCAUCCAGGAAGUUACCGGUGCGAGGGAGUACCAAGGAAAGUUCGGUGAAGAGGAUGCAGAUGGCGUUGACACCGCAUAUCGUGUUGUCGCAGACCAUGUGCGAUUGCUCACAUUCGCCAUUUCGGAUGGCGCUCCUCCAAGCAAUGUUGGCAGAGGAUAUGUCGUGCGUCGCGUUCUUCGCCGAGGUGCACGAUAUGCUCGAAAAUACUUCAACGUCGAAAUCGGCAGCUUCUUCUCAAAGAUUGUGCCCACUCUUGUUGAACAGGUCGGCGACAUGUUUCCAGAGAUCAACAAGAAGCAGGCUGAAGUUCAGGAAACUCUGGAUGAGGAAGAGGUCAGCUUUGCCAAGACGCUGGAUCGUGGAGAGGCAAUGUUCGAGAAGUAUGCCCAGGCAUCGAAGACCAAGGGCGCCAAGGAUAUUGCUGGAGCCGAUGUAUUCAGACUAUAUGACACUUAUGGCUUCCCUGUCGAUCUCACCAAGCUUAUGGCAGAAGAGCGUGGUCUGGACAUUGACGAGGAUGCCGUUGCUGAAGCAGAGAAGAAACACCAAGAGGCAUCGAAGGGUGCCAAGAAGGCAGGCGCUGACUAUCCUAAGCUGACUGUACACGACAUCAACACACUCGAGAAGAUGCCAGAUGUACCAAAGACCAAUGACGAUGCAAAGUUCGAGAAGGGCAACAUCAAGGCCACCAUCAAGGCCAUUUAUCACAAAGGCAACUUUCUCCAAUCAACGAAAGAGGUUCCUGAGGGCGAGCAGUUCGGCGUGGUGCUCGACAAGACCAACUUUUAUGCCGAGCAGGGUGGUCAAGAGAAUGACACUGGUAGUCUCCUCAUUGAUGGCGAGGCAGAGAUUGAUGUCCAGAACGUGCAGUCCUAUGCAGGCUUUAUCCUGCAUACCGGCUACAUGAAGGAGGGUGUGCUCAACGUCGGCUCUGAGAUCCUUUGCCAGUACAGUGAAGAGCGAAGGCAGCCGAUACGCAACAAUCACACCGGCACACAUAUUCUCAACUUCGCACUGCGAGAAGUGCUUGGCGAGGAUAUCAACCAGAAGGGUUCUCUGGUCGCGCCCGAGAAGCUGCGUUUCGACUUCAGCCACAAGUCUGGCUGCUCAGACGCCGAGAUCUCGCAGAUUGAGGAGAAGAGCACCAGCUACAUCCGCCAGAACAGUGAAGUCUACAGCAAAGAAGUAUCGUUGGCUACUGCUCGGCAGAUCGAAGGUGUGCGUGCUGUGUUUGGUGAAACUUACCCAGAUCCAGUGCGAGUCGUGUCGAUUGGCGUGCCUGUGGAGGACUUGUUGGAAGACCCGCCCCGACAAGACUGGCGCCAUGUCUCAGUUGAGUUCUGCGGCGGUACCCACGUCAAGAAUACAAGUGAAAUCAAGGACUUGAUUGUCGUUGAGGAGAGUGGCAUUGCAAAGGGCAUUCGACGUAUCAUUGCCGUCACAGGAAGAACUGCGCACAAGCUCCAGCGAGACACAGAGGAGUGGGAAAAGAGUAUCUCCGAGCUCGAGAAGAUGACAUUCGGACCAGAGAAGGAGCAACAAACCAAGGUCGACCAACAGCGACUGAACGCCGAUGAGCUUCCAGCUGUCGCCAAGAACCAGUUCCGCGAGCGUUUGAGCAAGGUCGUGAAAGACAAUCUUGAUCACCAGAAGACUGCCCAAAAGGCGGAGAACAAGCGUGUUCUCGAUGCUGUCAACGAGCACUUUGAGAAGAACAAGGAGGACAAGACGCUGGUGUUAUCGGUGCCAGGUCUAUCGUCAGGCACCAAGGCUGUCCAGGAGACUAUCAAGGUUAUUGGCUCGAAGCAGAAGGACAAGACCGUCUAUAUUUUGGGCGCAGUUGAUGCUGAUGGCAAGGUCGUUCAUGGUUGCCACGUCUCGAGUGAGGCACAAGGCAAGGGCGCAGACGCUGCGAAGUGGUGUGGCGAAGUUGCUACCGUGGUUGGUGGCAAGGCUGGUGGCAAGGGCGCUACAUCUCUUGGACAGGGAAUGAAUCUUGACAAGGUCGAUGAUGCUGUUGAGGCUGCUCGCAAGUACCUUGAGGGUCUGAGCUUGUAG